AUGACUAGUCUUGAAAUCGCAUGGCAUUGCAGUGCUGUCCUUCUCCCGGCUGGUGCGGCUGUGAAGCACGACGAGUCCGGCUGGAAGUUCGUUUGGUACUUUCUUUGGAUCAACUGUGUGCUUAGCGUCUCCUCUGCUGCGACAGCCGUGCCGCUUCUGUGUUGCCUUCCGCGUACAGCGGAAGCCCGGAGCAUUCUCCAUUCUGCUGAAGAACAGCAGGUUAUCGGAGCUGGCGACGAGGAGGUAGCAGAGAUGGGGCGGAUCGCCGUAGAGAUCGAGAGUACGGAGGGGUCGCAUGCCUCGCCUCGAAAGCGCAAAGCUUGGAGGUGGUUCUAUGUCAUCUCCGGAGCAAUCUGCUGCAGUUGCCUGGUAGGCUGCACGGCAGUCUUCCUGAUGAUUCACGCCUUCCCACCGGGUCACAGCCUAGCCUCCUUUCAGGCUUGCGCGGCUUGUUUCUGCAAGGAGAACGUCUCCGCGGACGUGAUUCGUUUCACACGCGACGUUGUCUAUGGCCAGGCAGCUGGCAGAGAGCUCCUCUUGGAUGUCUACGCUGCCGAGAAGCCCCUCAACAAUGGGACAUCUCCAGCAAUCGUCAUGAUUCACGGCGGAAACUUCAUGGCUGGUAGCAAGAGCCAAGGCCCUGUCGUGGAUGAGGCCUACUUCUUUGCGAGUUCGGGCUUCGUGGCCUUCAGUAUCGACUACCAGCUGGAGGCCGACAACUACCUCGCCGAGAACCAAGCCGUGCGGGACGCAGUGCACAAUGCCAAAGCCGCUGUGCGCUUCGUCCGGAAGAAUGCAGAGCGCUUCGGUGUCGAUGCUGCCCACAUCGCUGUAUGGGGGGAAUCAGCUGGUGCCAUUGUGGCUGCCAGCAUGAACUCCGUCUCCACCGAGGGUGCCAGUGGUACUCCCGGUGUGUCGUCCCAGGUCGCGGCAGCCCUUGGUCUCUCGGGCACGCUCUGGCCGUUUCUGGUUGGCAUGCCUGGGAAUGACGCCGAGGAAGUGAUCAGACACUGUCCCGGGGCUUUCUUCUGA